CGACAGUUCCGGUAUCAACCACAAUUCAUAAGAGACGUCGUUGAGUCCGCUUCGGAAUUGGGCUAUAACACCACCACUGACUUGAAUGGCGAAGUGCGAACCGGCUUUACUAUCGCACAAGCCUAUAACAACGAGGGGUCUCGGUACAGCGCGGCCCGUGGCUACCUUCACCCGGCCUCAAAGCGUGCCAACCUUCACUUCCUGCUAAAUGCUUUAGUCUCAAAAAUAGUGAUUGAUCCAGAAACCAAGCGAGUCACUGGAAUAGAAUAUAUGAAAAAUGAUCAAGUAUUUAAUAUUGGUGUCAAAAAAGAGGUAAUUCUAGCUGGAGGUACCAUCAAUUCACCUCAAAUUCUACUCCUCUCGGGCAUAGGGCCUAAGGAAACCUUAUCAAAGUUCAAUAUCCCAUUAAUAAAGGAUUUGCCCGGAGUUGGAAAAAACUUGAUGAACCAUGUUGGUUUGUCUUUGAAGUUUACAUUGAGCAAGGAACCCGAAGUGCCUGAACUUAAUUGGUCUUCAGCGAUGGAGUAUAUAACGGAGAGGAGAGGUCCGUUAUCGUCCACAGGAUUAUCUCAGGGUGUGGGAAUAAUAAAUUCAAAAAUCACACCUAAUUCAAGUUAUCCAGAUGUUCAGUUUUUUUUUUAUGGAUAUAACGCAGCUUGUCCCGGCACUACCAGGUCUAAUGGAAAUAUAUAUAGAAGGAGAAGAGAUAUUAUAAUAUCACCUAUUGCUCUCCAACCACGGAGUCAAGGCUAUCUCACCUUGAAGUCUACGAACCCUUUGGAUCCUCCGCUGAUGCAGCCGAAUUAUUUUAAAGACGAACAUGAACUGAACGUUCUCAUAAGAGCAUCAAAGAUCGCAUAUCAGCUUGCUAACACAACGCUACUGCGAGAAAAAUACGGCAUCAAGCCUUCCAAGGAUUGGGCAUCAGAAUGUGGCAACAGCAUGAGACCGACCAAUGAGUUCUUCAGAUGUGUCGCACAGCGGUACACGGAGCCGGAGAAUCACCAAGUCGGAACUUGCAAGAUGGGAACUGACUCUAUGUCUGUAGUAGAUCCAGAACUUAGAGUCUACGGGAUUACUGGUUUACGUGUUGUGGACGCAUCAGUGAUACCAACAUUGCCGAGGAGUAACUUGCAGGCACCAGUACUUAUGAUUGCUGAACGAGGGAUGGAAUUUAUACGCGCUGCUUAUGCUACAUAGACAAAUGAAGAAGUCAACUUGACAUUUGGGAUACUGUGCUAAAAUUAUAUUUUACCCCUCCUGACCACAAAUCCCACCAUGUACGUUUCCGUAUCGGUACUUAUGUUUAGCAAUGUCGUGAAUAAUAUUCACCAAAUUAGCUGCACGUGGUUAUGUUCUCGUAUCAUAUUACGAUUUUGCUUCCUACCUCCUUAACGAUUUUAUUUUUAUUAGUAGACUAGUUGUGGGUUAAAUUACACGUUAGAAGUUGUGGAGGUUCGUUCUUCACGCCACCAACCCCUUUUACCAUCAAGCAUAGCCUUGUCAAUUUGGAGUUCCUACCUCUUAAAGAAAAAAGAAAACCUUUUAGGCCCGCUUCGAUAUUUCGAAGCCUUUAACUCAAAACCAACGAAAGAUAUGGCGCUUUAAGGCUGUUUUAUCAUUUCGAAGGUAAAUGAACCUAUAUGUUUUAAGAAAUGAAUUUCAAGUCAACGGGAAUAUAUGUAAUCUUCUAAUUAACUUAUAAUCAUGAAAUAAUGGAAAAAAAUCCGAAAGUGCAACUUGUAGUGUCAACGCAAAUUUAGCGCCUGUUAUAAAAUGGAUGGUAAAUUGUACAUUUAACAUUUUUGCAUACUUUUCUUUAAGUUAUACAAUAGUUUUACAUGUCUCCCUUUUUUAUCAAUAAUAACGGUGUCUCUAGUUAACUUUGACUUGUAAUGAGAGUGUAACCGAGGCCCGAAAUCUUGGCUUGCUCAUUGACGAAAACUUACGUUUCGAAAAAUAUAUACUUCAGAUUGUUCAUAGUUGCUUUUAUAGACUAUACCGAAUCAGAAACUCAACAAAGAAAGACCUAUGUGUACUCCUCUGUGAAUCAUUGAUUCUUUCCAAAUUUAAUUAUAUGGAUGAAGCAAUAGGUCUGCGCUUAUUGGAGCGUACCAAACGUCUCAUACAACGUGUUCAAAUCGCUUGUGCACGAUAUAGUUUGUCCAUCCCGCGGCGAGACCACGUUACUCCUUAUUUGAAUAGAGAGUCAUUAUUAAAAAUAGGGAAUCGAAUGAAAUUGCACUUUGCUACUUUACUUAUCGGUGUCAUAAAGAACGAAAUCCCUAUUUAUCUAUUUAAAAAGUUAAAAUGGAGAAGUGAUGCUAACAUACCACAUAAGACCCGCGCUUCGCACGACUCUUUAAAUAUGCCCAUCUUCCACAUAUCCGCAUUUCGUGGUAGCUUUCGCUACGCAGCCACUAAGUGUUGGAAUAACCUGCCACCACCUCUUCGAUAUUUGCACUCAAGGGAAUCUUUUAAGAAUAACUACAAAAAGCUAUUAUUGCACGAGCAAAAACUAAAUUAAAUACAUUGUAGUGAGGAUGGCUAUCAUACUAAAAAUAUUUUAUCUAUAUAAUAUUAUAUUACUCGUGCAUUUUUUAUAUAUAUUUUUAUUAUAUACUUGUGUAGCUAGUGCGGAUGUACGUUAAUGCGUGUAUCCGCAUCACUACGUGAUAUAUAUUUUAUUUUCAGAUUUAUAAAUUCAUUAAGUUCUGAGCUUUGUUUGUUGGAUAUAGGAUACGAUAAAUAUUUAAAUAUUAUAAUUAUAUUUUCACACAUUACUGCCAAAAUAGCUUGCACGGAAAAAAAAUAUAGGAAGUUCAUAAUAUCAGUGUUAGGAAAAUACGUCCUAACGUUUGCUGAGAACUUUCCUUUUUGCGAAUCGCGCUGCUGCCUCGUUUGCUAUCAUUCUAGUUAUUAAAUAAUCCUUCCAUGUUUUAAAGCAUUAAUAUCUCUUUCUUUAUUGUUUUUUAACAUUUGUAUUGUUAUUUUUUCUAUUCUUUAUAUAAUGUUAAUUGUUCAUAUCUAUUGUACUUGUAAAAAAUUUGGUGGCAGUUUUCGCAAAUAAAAAUUAUUAUUAUUAUUAUCAUAUUAAAUAUAAACAAUAAA